ACCCGCAGGGUAAAGAGAAGGACCAGGACAGAGGAGCGUAGACAUGGGCUCCUUGGUUGGCGGUGCAGCCUUCAAUCAGUAUCCAGCUCUUCUGCUACUCUGUCCAGUCUCUGCCCAACAGCAAGGCCACGAGGGUGGUCCUGCAGGGUAUUCUCUUGAAACAGCAGGGUGGGAAAAGUCUCAAAAAGCCAGUGGGAAAAAUCCAGCAUGUGGUGUUACCCCUCAUAGGGUUGUAAGAAACAAAUGGGUUUGUUUUGGGGGGUUUUUUUGGCCUCGAGACUUAUGGGCUCUCAGUUCCCCAGCCACAGAGUGAACCUAGGCUUCUGGCAGUAAGAGCCCAGAAUUCUAACCAUUAGGCUUCCAGGCAGCUCCUUCCAAGUGGCAUAUGGGCUCAGAGGGCCUGACUCGGGUGGAAAGUGGCGAGUGAGUUUGCCUUUUGUUAAGGAGUCAUGAUACCUUCGAGGCUUUUCUCAGCGAGACCCCAGGCGGUGUUGGAGGGUGUGGGGUGCUGGACGUUGGCAGCCCGCAUGGUCCCUGGGCCCAGCCGCCUUCUUCUGCUGCGCACUUCUCCCAGGCUGCUCUCAGUCAGCUGUGCAGACUGCAAGAAGCACCAGGAACCCCCCAGGAAGCAGCCACUCUCGGAGAAAAAACUGAAACGGCAUUUUGUGGAUCAUCGCCGAGUGCUUGUCCGAGGGGGACGUGGAGGCAAUGGGGUGAGCUGCUUUCACAGCGAACCCCGGAAGGAGUUUGGAGGCCCUGACGGCGGUGAUGGAGGCAACGGGGGCCAUGUCAUCCUGAGAGUUGACCAGCAUGUCAAGUCUCUGUCCUCUGUCCUCUCGCGGUACCAGGGGUUUGACGGCGAGGAUGGCGGCAGGAAGAACUGCUUUGGGCGGAAUGGCUCCAUCCUCUAUAUUCGGGUCCCCGUGGGCACUUUGGUGAAGGAGGGAAGUGAAGUCCUGGCUGACCUCUCGCGCCCAGGAGACGAGUUCAUCGCAGCAGUGGGCGGGUCAGGGGGAAAGGGUAACCGCUUCUUCCUGGCUAACGACAACCGUGCACCCACGACUUGCACUCCCGGACAGCCAGGCCAGGAGCGCGUCCUCUUCCUGGAGCUCAAGACAGUGGCACACGCUGGACUGGUUGGAUUCCCCAAUGCAGGGAAGUCCUCGCUUCUCCGGGCCAUUUCAAAUGCAAGGCCUGCUGUGGCCUCCUACCCAUUCACGACCCUGAACCCCCACGUGGGGAUUGUUCACUACGAAGACCACCAGCAGAUAGCAGUGGCUGACAUCCCCGGCAUCAUCCAGGGUGCCCACCAAAACUGGGGCCUGGGCCUGGCAUUCCUCAGGCACAUUGAGCGCUGCCCCUUCCUCCUGUUCCUGGUAGACCUCUCGGUGCCAGAGCCCUGGACUCAGCUGGACGACCUGAGGUAUGAGCUGGAGCAAUACGACGAAGGCCUGUCCAAGAGACCCUACGCCGUCGUGGCAAACAAGAUCGACCUCCCGCAGGCCAGGGCCCGGCUGCCCCAGCUGCAGGCCCGCCUGGGCCAGGAGGCCAUCGCCCUGUCGGCGGCCACCGGGGAAAACCUGGAGGAGCUGCUGCUGCGUCUGAAGGAACUGCACGACCGCCACGUGGCCGCCGAGCUGGCGCGUGGCCGCCAGCCGCUGCGGUGGUAGCAGAGAAGGCAGCACCUGGCAGGCCAGCUGUGACUGGAGAUGAGGAAGGAACCCCAAGGAACCAGGAGGCCUUGGUGCAGGGGCCUUCCUGCCAACCUGGGGCUCCCAGCCAACACACCCCCUGCCCCGGGACAGGACCCCUUGGGCAGCGGACACUCCUGCCCCCGCCAGUCUGUCCCCAGUGCUUCCAUGCCUGCCUGCGUGUGAGUGACGCACUGCAAUGGGCUCAUCUGUGUUAAUUGGCCCCUAAUUAUUAAUAGCAUGGACUACAUGCUAGUUGACGUCACCAGAUGGGCACGUGGACAGGAGCCAGCGUCAGCAGCGCUGACUUGUAGGUGGUGGCAGCUGAGGCAGAGGUGGGCCUCUGAUGCCACAGCUGUUGACACCCUUUCCCAGGAAUGCUCUGUCUGCUGCGUGAGGCAGGGGGCGGGGAAGCGUUUGCAGGUGCCCAGCUGUGAAGGAACAGGGACUCAGUGAGGGUGACGUCCGCCCUGUCAUCCCAGACGGUGCUGUGCUCUGUGGAAGCUGAGCUUCACGACUGAAUGCUCCCAAUAUCCGACCUGGGCCUCGCGGUGGGUUAUUAACUGCAGUCUGCAAGCAGGGUGUCAGCAGCCUGAGCCCCAGGGUGGUCAGGGACAGGUCUGUAUUUCUAGGUGUCACUGGGAGCUGUACCCACACCUCAGGGUCCCCCAACUGCAGAUGCCUUAAUGAAGACAAGCCCAUGCAUCGAGCGAGGUGGUCUUAAACUUCUGUUUCCCCCGCUAAAGUCUGAUUCCCCUGACGUGUCCCUGAGGGGUGAGGGGGGGCAGGGGAACAGGCCCUCUGGGAGUUGGCCUCAGGGUCUCAAGGCAUCUGAGCCUCUGGAUCACUCAGACCCGUGUUGUUUCUGCAUGAUGGGGGCUGGGCAGACCUCAAACAAUAAGCCAGAGCCUCAGCUUUCAGGAGCAAUUCCGUUUUGAUCUGACAUCAAAUCUGCAACAAGAACAAGAGUUCUUUACCCGAAGCUUUAUUUUAAUGUCUUGUAAUUUCAGAGGUCCUUGUGUUCUGGAAACCAGAGAUGGAUUUUGCAUCUAUUUGUUCUCUCAGGCCACCACAAAGAGUAAAGCCAGGUCUGAGUAGCGUUUAAUUAUCAACGGCCUUUCAUCUUGCUCACAGGGCCCCCGCCACGCUCACUCUUCAGAGGCGGAGAUGCUUAAGAUGCCCGUGUGGCUGACCCACCAGGGGCCCCACUGCAGGGGCGGGGGCUCGUCCAGUUCUCGCUGUGUCCCCCAGAGCCUCAGGACCUGACCCUCAGGGGCACCA